GGUGCAAACAGCUAUGGACAACUUGGUCUUCGUCAUAAAAAGGAUGUGCUGGUUCCUCAGGCCCUGGAAGAUGUUUCCUGCAAGUGUAAAGACAUUGCAAGCAUUGCUGGAGGAGGGGGACAUUCUGCAGUUAUCACUGGUGCAGGACAACUCUUUGUCUGUGGCCACAACAAAGAUGGGCAGCUGGGACUGAAUCACACAGAGGAUGUGCUGCGUUUUACUUUGUGCACUGCCCUGUCUGGCUUUUUUGUAAAACAAGUUGCAUGUGGCUGGGAUUUUACAAUCAUAUUAGUAGGAUCUGGCCUUGUGCUGUCCUGUGGGUCAAACUCUUUUGGACAGCUGGGACUUCCUCAAAUUUCAGGCCCAUGCUUGAUUCCACAAAAGAUUGAGUCUCUCAAAGAGAAGGUGGUGAGUGUUGCUGCAGGACUGAGACAUGCCCUUGCUGCUACAGACAGCGGUUUGGUGCUGCAGUGGGGGACUGGGAUGGCAUCUCAGGCAAGGCGUGCAAGCCAAGGCAAAGCCCUCCCUGUGUUCCUGACAGCCAAGGAGCCCUGUGAAGUGGCAGGCCUGGAAGAUGUAAAGGUGAAGGCAGUUGCUGCAGGCUCCUGUCAUUCCGUGUCCCUCACAGAUGAAGGACAUCUGUAUGUCUGGGGCAGCAACAAACAUGGGCAGCUGGUGAGCAGGAACAUCUUUCUUGCUGAGCCUAAGAAGAUUGACACUCAGUGCUUCUCACAUGAAAAGAUUGGAGCAGUCUGGAGUGGCUGGACCCACCUGGUAGCACAGACAGAAGCUGGCAAGGUGUUCACCUGGGGCAGAGUGGACUACGGGCAGCUUGGAAGGCACGCCGUGGUUCCCAGUGGGCAGCAGAGCACAGCACCUGAACACUGCUUGGAGCUGGGGAGCACCCCAGUUUCAGUUCCUUGCCUAAAUGGAGCAUCUCAGAUCGCGUGUGGCUCAGAGCAUAAUCUGGCAAUAGUUGGUGGCCAGUGCUUCUCUUGGGGAUGGAAUGAACAUGGGAUGUGUGGUGAUGGCACAGAAGCGAAUGUUCAUGUCCCAAAGCCAGUCAAAGCUCUUGGCUGUGCAAAACAGAUCUUAAUUGGAUGUGGGGCAGGACACUCCAUGGCCCUCUGUCAAAACUCCUCACUAGACCCAGCACACCUGGAAUCAUAACAUCAUGGAUGUGGAUGGAUUCCUUUGGAUUGUGCAGCUCAGAGGCACUACAGGGGAGCUGCCCAUGAUUAACAGUUGGAAACUGCAGAUAUUUUUCCUAAAUCCCAAAGGAACGACUAUGCAUAAAAAGCUGUAAUAUUUUAAAAAGUGUUUCCUGGGCUCUUGCCACAGGAAUUGACUUUCUUACCCACAGACAUUCUGCCUUGGUGCAAUACAACUGAAGACAGAUUUACAUUUUCUUGUUCUUCUGAGAAGUCUUUGAGGAAGAAACUGACUGCUUAGUGGCUUACUGAUGUAUAAAUUCAGUCUGAAGAAAUAGUCUGACAAAGGUGGUUUUUGUUAUUGUAUCUUUACAUCAUGAAAUGUUUCACCUGCCAACUUCUACUGCGGUUGUGACCUCCCAGCAGCUCAGAAAAUUGUGUCACAGAGAAAUGCCAGUGAAAGUGGCUAGAUGCAUGCACAGUUUUUAAGCAGAAGAUUAGGAUUAAAAGAAAAGAAACAAUAUAAUUUAGCAGGCUGGCAAAAAGGGAAAAUGAGGCCCUUUUGAACUAACUUUGUCUUGAUUAAACUGAAAGGAGCAAUAUUUUUCAUCUAUUAUUUUUUCUGCCAGACAUCAGUUUAUUAUAGAUUUACAGGGAUGCAGACCUGUGUAAGUUAUUAACUUGCAAGCCAAACCUGAAGUUUCUGAAGCUACUGCUUAGGGAAGAAAAACUUCUAAGAGCUCUUAAAAACAUUCAAAAGGUUCCUAUCAAAGGGCAUAAGUCAGUUGUGGCUGCUGAGGACAGCUUGAUCCAGUUUAGCUCCUGUGUUUCCAUCUGCCUUGGAGUAGGAAGACAUCAAAAUCUAACCAGAAAGAUUUUACAAGUUCUCCAGCCUAAAAGGCAGACCAGAAUGCUCCUGAUAAUUUCAGGUUGGUUCUCACUUCUGUUUUGCAGCCCAGCUGAUUUGCUGUUUCACAGCAUGCCCACAGCACUUGUUCCAGGUGGGGGUUUGACAGAGAACAUAGGCCUAGCACUUGUAGGAGAAAGGAACAAGUGUAAAAUGUGAUGUGUUUGCCUGUUAGUAGCAAAAUUUUGGAAGCUAUUUAUAAAACUGGUUUUUUUUCCAUACAAAUACAGUGGAUGCCAUUAAACUGGAUGUUUACCACCCGCAACACUUACAUUUGCUGUGGUAUUUAACGUAUUUCAAGUUCUAAGUAUAGAGAAUUCUACUGUGUAGUAAAUGCACCUUUUAAUGAGACCUACUGUUGCUAAACAGUGGUUUAAUUUUUAAAGCAGGCUUGCCAAGGAAGAAGCCUUACAGAAUUGCAGAGUGCUCAGAGAAAGGCUCUUAGGAAAUAGGACGGGAAGACCUUCUAAUGAUGUAUCAGCUUACAUAUGAAAGGGAAGGAAUUAAGGUGAUAAUAUGGGCUGCAUGGGUUUUUUCACCCUUGAUUUUACAGCAGUUAUAGUUCUUGGCUUCACUUUCAAGAGUAUUUUAUUUUUCUAUUCAGCAGAUAAGAAACUUGAGCAGACUAUGAAGUUGAUUUUAACUAUUACAGAUACCAAAAGAAUAAUUAAAUGGAUCCUAUGAAAAAUAUGUAGAAUUCAGAUUUCUGUUGUAAAAUGGAUUUUUUUAAAAAUCCAUGUGUUAGCUGUGGCUCUUCAUGGCAAUAUACUGUUCCAGGCUGUGACGUCUUGCACUUUUAAUUAUCUAAGUUGAUAUUUAUUGACUGUUCUCAAUGCCACUUUCUGGAUACAAAAGCUUCUCUAUUAUAUGCACUGAACAGUUUCUCGUGCUUUCUUUCACAGUCUUGUCUGAGGUUUCUAUUUAUGAUUUCUGCAAAAUCUGUCUACCAAAUAAACGUGUUCUCUUGCUUCAGUAAUCAUCUCCUCUAAAUACGUCUGUUCCUUGAUUAAUCAUGCCAAUAUGUGCCUUACAUGAGGUUUACUGGACUGGACAUGUUGUGACUGUGUGUGCUAUAGCUGCAGUUCAUUACAGAGGAGUCCAACAAAUUAUGUAACAAAUAAAUGUGAAUUGGGUAUUUGAAAUUGUUUUCAAUUUUUUAUUCCUGUAACAUGAACGUACUUUUGGAACGCAAGGAAUGAUUUGGGGUGAUAUGGUGAAGAUGCAAAGGAGUAUGUGAGUUUGUUCCUGGUCCUGAUCUGGUGUUUCAUAUCUGCAUCUGAUCUUCCUCUUUGAAAGGCAGGAACUGCGUUUUUCUCUCCUUUGUUGUGCCUGUAUAGCUUGAAGACUUGGGAAGUAAUGACUUUUCUUGAUGUAGUGAGGGCUUUGUCAUCAGUCAGGGCUUCUGGUGCUGCUGUAGUACAGAGAGUGAAUUGAAUUCAUUGUAGAAGGUACAUGGCUGAACGUCAACACCAAGUUGCUGCUCGUUCUUUCAGAAGUGAAUGCCCUGUUUUGUAUGUCAGUGGCUUUGUUUGCAGAAUAAAGCACUGUACAAAAUCAGCUAUGGCUUUCUCUGUGAGGAAGGGAACACAGAGUGAAAAGUUCCUAAUCAAGUGGAAGGAGACAACUUUCCAUGCUGAUGUUAAGAGUUUAUGACUGUUGCCUGUUGAUAAUGCUCGUGGAUAAGGUCAGUCUCUGCAAGGCAAAAUGCAGACCCAGUGUGCUCUGGUUCACAGAGUUCUUUAACAGGUCUUCUGUGGUAAAUGAAGCAAGAAGCCUGUUACAUAAGCAUUCUGCAUUCAGGUUCAAUUGGAAAUGAACUGACAAAGUUUAUAAUAUAUAUAUAUAUAUAUUUUCGAAAAGACACUGGAACAAGUUAACCACGUGUCUGUGCAGCUGCUCUCCCCUCCUGUUUUCUGAAGAUAAGUAAACCUGCCACAGUGAGCUGACAUUCAUGAGAGAGAACAAGUUGUAAACUGCUGACCUUCAGUCCAGAGAAUUUUCAGGCCUUUUGGUGAAGGGGGAGAAAGAGAAGAAAGCUGUUGUGUGCCUUUCUGUUAUUUGAAGUCCUAGGAGAUCUGCAGAUACUCGUAAAACCUCCAUGUGCACCUGCACAAGAUGCUCCUGUUCCAGUUCAAAGAAUGUUGGUGGGACGAUGUGUGUGUUGUGUCAGAAGUUUCUGUCUCUCGGCGGACUUUUUUGGGCCACUUGGUGGUCACUGAUGUUAUUUGACUUGGUGUGGCAUUCUGAGUUUUUUGAUGCAUUUGUGCUCAGCGUGCCAGGCUCUGUAUUUGAAGUGUGUUCAUUUGAAAGAUGGAAGAUGGUUUGCCCAGUCACUGCUCCUUAUACAACACUGACUUCUCUGUCUGCAUGUGGGCAGUCCUUUUGGUGUCUGACUAGUCUUGCCAUCUGCAAUCACCACAAAGGUCACUUCUGGAUGAGUGACAGGAGCUUUUUCUCAGCUGCAUGUUUUGAGCACAGAGAGAUUGUGGAGAGGGUGGGAGAAAGUGAUUUGAUUGUGCUUUUUAUGGCAUGUGUUGAGUUGUGAGACUUAGAAAUAAGGAUGGACAACUGAUCAAGGAGAUCAGUUUGAAUGUACAAGAGAAAGGUGACCAUGGAAAAAUAUUUAAAUCAAUGGCAAUGGAGAGCCUGAUGCAGUCAUCUAAAACAUAGGGAAAAGGAGGGGGAGGACAGAGCCAAGAUACAGCUCCUGAGGACUGAAUAAUCUCAUGACACAACAGCAUUCCAGCCUGCUGCUGUGGUGGGAGUGAGAUGAGAGACAAGCAAUUCUGUUUCAUUGAUGUUAUUGUUCUCCCACUGUUUAUUUAUAAUAAUGUGAGUUGUUGACCUGCAGUGUUUGGGUGUUUUCUCAUCCAUAGCAUAUCUUGAAAUUUCCAGUUCUCCUCAGCAAAAACAGCAACAUCUAUCUUCACCUUGCAGACUCAGAAAUAUUUUGAUCAGGCCUCUGAUCUAGUCCAGCAUUUAACCAAGUACUUACUAUUUUUUCCAUUUGAUUCCAUGAACUCUGGAUCUGAUUUAAACAAGACUUAAGUAAUUUUGGGAUUCCAGUUCCUUUUUCCAUGUUAGAGAUCAAGACAAUGACAGACCUUGGUCACUCUGAGCAAUUUUGAUAUUUUUACGGUGCAUGG